AUGGACACGCUAAAAUCAUAUCUCUCGGCCUCCAGGGAGCAUCUUUCCCUGCCCCUUGUUCUAGGGGCCUUGACCUCGAUCUACUUGACCGUCUGGGCCUUUGUAUGGGUGUAUCGAAUUACGUUGCACCCACUUGCCAAGUUCCCCGGCCCCAAACUUGCUGCUGCCACUUUCUGGUACGAGGCAUACUAUGAUCUAUGGCCUCACCAGCAUCGUUACUUGUGGAAGAUCAAGGAGUUACAUGAGAAAUAUGGCCCAAUUGUCCGCAUCAACCCGAUCCACAUACACAUCCAUGACCCGGACUACUUCGAUGACAUCUACGCUGGUGGGCGGCGCAAGCGCGACCGCGACACAUGGUACAUGCACGCCACCGAGAGCGGCACGAUGGGCGACUCCCUGCUGCAGACGAUGAGCCACGACCAGCACCGCGUGCGCCGCGCCGCGCUCAACCCGUUCUUCAGCAAGCGUGCGAUUCAGGCCCUCGAGGGCAUGGUGGUCGAGAAGAUCGAGCGGCUCGUGGGCCGGCUGGAGCUGUCGUACCGGCGCGGCGAGGUCGUCAACCUGACGAACGCGACUGCUGCGCUGACGAUGGACGUCAUCUCGUCGUACGCGCUGGGUGCUGACAUCGGCAACCUGCGGCGCGAGGACUGGGGCGCCGACUGGCUGGACGCUUUCCGCACCGUGGGCCUGAUGCGGCCCAUGGGACGGCAGUUCGCCUGGUUCAUGAACUCGCUCCUCAACAACCUCUCUCCGGAAGUGGUCAGCUGGAUCAGCCCGACUACUGCGCACCUGACCAAGAAGCUGCAGUUCCCCAUGGAUAUCAUCCAGUCCGCAGUGGAUGAGAGAGAGAGGAACUCAAGCACUGGUGCCGGGGCUAAAGAGAAGCUGUCAGCAAACGAGAGGACCAUCUUCCAGGAUAUCGUCGAUAGUGACCUUCCACCGAGCGAGAAGACGCCGGCCAGGCUGAAUGCCGAGGCCGGUCUGGCUCUUGGCGCCGGCACAGAGACAACUGCAAGAAACUUGGCUGUGUUGAUCUUCUACCUUCUUCACAACCCAGAUGUCUUGCAGAAGCUGCGAGCGGAACUGAAGACUGUGAUGCCGACUCCUGGCGCUCCUGUUACGCUGGUAGAGCUCGAAGCAUUGCCAUACUUUUCUGCCGUGAUCAACGAAGGAUUGCGGUUGAGCCAUGGGGCGUCAAGCCGCAUGCCACGGAUCGCGACCGAGGAAAACCUCCAAUAUAAACAAUGGAUAAUCCCAGCAGGCACACCAGUGAUGCAAUCCCUAUAUCUGCACCACACCAACCCGCAGGUCUUCCCAGAACCUUUCAAAUUCAACCCCGAGCGGUGGAUCGAAGACCCCAAAUUGAAGCCACGAUACCUCAUGGCCUGGGGGAGAGGGUCGCGGUCCUGCCUCGGCCUGAAUCUCGCUCACGCCGAGCUUUACCUUACUGUCGCGCACCUCCUGACCCGUUUUGAGAUGGAGCUGUACGAGACCGUGUGGGAAAGAGAUGUAGAGGUCCUCCAUGAUUGUUUCAUCGGAGUGACAGACAUGUCUAGCCCAGGUAUUCGUGUCAAGAUCACCAGCAUGCUGGAAGGGUAG